UGGGAGAUGACUGACUGGCUGCUCCGCCCGCUCUUUAGUAUCAGAGAGCACCCAGCAGACGGCGGGGGGUGAAGGGUGCCAUCCUCCUGGGGGUGUCACCCUCCCCGUUGUGUUUACCCUGAACUCUGCUGGCACUGAGCACAUGCUGCUUCCCAACAAUAGCGGCCGCCUCUGAUUGGUCCGCUGCGAACUGUAACCCGACCUGCUGCCUGAUGGGCCCUUCACAUGUACACAGAGCCGCGAUCACAAAGAGACUCUCCGGACACUUUCCCUGAUCGCCCCGGACACUCUCCAUACACUUUCUAUACACUUCUCUCCCUCCACCAUGGGAUCGGUGCUGAGCAGCGAAGGAAGCCGGGAGCACAAAGCCCCGGUUAUAGAAGACCCCAAUCCCAACUACGACUGUGCCGUGUGCCUGGAGGUCCUGAACCGGCCGAUGAGGACUCGCUGUGGCCAUGUGUUUUGUCACACCUGUAUUAAAGCUAGUUUGAGGAAUAAUGCGUAUGCCUGUCCAUAUUGCCGCACUCACUUGUCAUCUGAAGGAACGCUUGCCGUGGACAUCAUGAAGAAGAUGAAGACUGUUUUUCAGAAUUGUGAAGAGUGUGAUGAAAAGAUUUGCCUGAGUGAAAUGAGAGCACACAUGAAUAGGUGUCAGCAAUACAUUACAAAAUACGGCCCUCUGGAAGAGCUGGGGAAAAAAACAUGCAGAGCGCUACGGUAUACAUGCCCAUAUUGCCCAGUGGAGGUAGACGAAGAAGGUCUAGUGCAGCACUGUUUGAACUUCCACAAUACAGAGAAUAGACUGGUGGUGUGUCCAGUUUGUCACCUGGUGCCAGGAGGGGACUCCAGCUAUGAUUCAAGUUUUCUAAAGCAUCUUUAUACCAGACAUUCAAUGUACUUUGAAAAUUACAUAGAUAUAAACAUAGUGGAAGAGGCUCUUAUUGAAAGAGUAAUAGAUCUCUCUAUGAUACACUACAUAAGGCACUCUAACAGAUCCUAACCAUCAUCAAGACAGAGGCAAGAUCAUCAGUGAGGUGCUUAGAAGAUCUGGCACUAUGUUUUUGGGGGGGUUUACAAAUGAAGACACAACAGCUUCCUUUUCCAGAAACCUGUCAUGGGUAAAGAACACAACAUAGAGCAACUGGUAGUUGUGUGUUAUAAAAAGAGGUCAUAUGUUGUUAGGAUCAGAACUGGAAGUCUUUUUUUUUUUUUUAGCUAACCCCUUAAGGUUUGAAAAUGUUUCUUUAGAACAGAAGUAGGCAAGCUGUAACUGCCACUAAUAUGGAACUAAAGCAUGUAUUGGCUGGUAUUGCAUGCUUGGUCUUCAACAGUGUUCAGUUUGUCUUACCUCUGCUUCUGAGACUUAAAACAUAUUUUAUGCAACAGAUACAUAAAUAUGCAAGUGACCCCGGAACAUUUGCAUCAUCAUUGUGUAGAAUACUGUUGUUUACAACGCCAAUGAUUAGCAACACUUAUGUCAGAACAUAUAUGUGUCUAACCACUAACCUGAAUAUGUCAGAAGAAAAUAUGAGUACAGUAAAUGUAAAAAUAGUUGAAAGGAUACAAUAGAAUGGUAUAUAAACAUAAAACUACACGCCGGGGAAAAAAAUCCUUCCAUAUUCAACUCCUAUUUAUUUAUGAUCACUAUUUAUUGUAAUUCGUUUUAUAAAACAGAGUCACAUAUCCACAUGUCCACCUAAGGCCCCGUACACACGGUCGGACAAAACCGAUGAGAAUGGACCGAGGUUCAGUUUCAUCGGUCCAAACCGA